GUAGGCGGGGUCACGGGGCGACGCCCCGCAGGCCGCCGGGAGCGGUGACACCCGUGCUCCCGGCUAGCGCGCGGAGAGUGGGGGCCAGGUCGAGGAGUGCGGGCUGGGCCGCAGAUUAUUUCAGGGACCCGACUGGUGCAUAAAGCAUAAUACCCUCUGGCAUUACUCUGCAGCAGUUGGCUGCUCAGUAAAUUGUGCCAGGCUACUUGAUGUCAUGUGGCCUGUGUUUUGGACCGUGGUGCGUACCUAUGCUCCUUAUGUCACAUUCCCUGUGGCCUUUGUGGUCGGGGCUGUGGGCUACCACCUGGAAUGGUUCAUCAGGGGAAAGGAUCCUCAGCCGAUGGAGGAGGAAAAGAGCAUCUCAGAGCGCCGGGAGGAUCGCAAGCUGGAUGAGCUGCUGGGCAAGGACCACACCCAGGUGGUGAGCCUUAAGGACAAGCUGGAGUUUGCCCCUAAAGCUGUCCUGAACAGAAACCGCCCGGAGAAGAACUAAUGGAGGACAUAGGGCCCUAUGGUCCACAGGGCUGUGACUGGUUUUGCCACCAUGUUGACCCAGCCCCAGAACAUACAUCUGAUUUGCUUUGCUGCUUAUUCUGGCCCCUCCUGCACCCCACAGCCACACUGUACUGGCUGUUCCUUUAUGGCCGGGCAGGCACAACAGCAACUGAGGGGCCAGCAAAGAGGAAGGCCGCCUCUGUUGAAUGAGGUCUACAACUGCUCAGGCUUCUGGGCUUACGUGGGUGCACUAUGCAGAGGAGUGUUUUGAAAUGAACACUGGUUCUCAGACUCCCUGGGGAGGUGGUUUGAUCUCAGGUGGGAAGGGCUGGGAUUUGGGUGUUACCUUUAGGAGGGAACCACACAUGUCAAGUUCUAGUUUGCACUGGGAAGAGUUAAAAAAUCUACCUGGCUUCCUCAACUGGUUCACCUUAUCUUUCAGGUUCAUUCUUCCUGAAAUUCUGUUGUCAGCUCAGGAAUGGGAUUCCUUAGAGAAGGAAAGCAUUUUUUUUUCUGUUGUCAGAAGCUCAGGCUGUUCACCUUGGGGCAGGGAGGAACAUGUACCUGGUGAAUUUGCUUGAAAACAAUCACCGUCUUCCACCCUUCAUUACUGUGUAGUGAAAACCUUGAUUAAAGUGGCAUCUGAGCACCUGUCAAUUGAAUCCUAUCUUCCAGAAGGCAUUUGAUGUCUCCUUAGAAGUUAGGAAGUACAGCCAGUUCCGGUAGGACAACAGUGGCACUUGAGGACUCCCAGGGCCCUGGAAACCUGGUUUCCCUCGGUGUUUGCUGUGAAUCCCCGAGGCCCAAGUUCCCAAGAGCCUUUGUACCAUGAUAUCAAAGACUGUAGCAUCAUCUAAAGUCUAAAUUGGAGUAUGGCAGAUGCAUGUGUGUAUGCAUGCACACACAUACUGCACACACUUCUCUUGAAAAGUAAUGUAUGCAUAUUAGAGAAAAUUUGGUAGGGAUUAAAAAGGUCACCCAUGCUCUCAGUGCUUUAACUACUAUUAACCUUUUGAUGUCUUUUCAUUACCCUAGUUUUUAAAGAUAGUUAUGUAAUUGUACUUUAUUAUUUUUUUUCACAUUUCUCCUUUUUUUUUUUUUUUACAGUACUGGGGAUUGAACUCAGGGCCUUGCACAUGCUAGGCAAGCACUCUGCCAUGGAGCUACACCCUUAUCUUCUCCUUUUAGCAUUGAGACCAGGGUCUUGCUAAAUUGCCCUGGCUCGCCUUAAAUUUGGUAAUCUGUUUCAGCCUCACGAGUAGCUGGGAUCACAGGCAUGCCCUACCAUGCCUGGCUACAUAUUAUUUGUUCAAAUCACCUUUCCGUCUUAUCACAUGGUUAUCAUAAUUGCUUUUAGUAGCCACAUAAUUGCCCAUCAAGUGGGAAUAUGGCAAGUUUAUUUUAAAGUUUCCCUGUUGGUGGAUAUUUGAAUUGGUUCUGUUUGUUCACAAGGUUAAAUACUCUAAUGAAUAUCUUAUACAAAGCUCUUCCUGCAUUUUUGAGUUAAUAGUAGAAACAGUAAAUGGCAUUUGGAUAAAUGGGAUUAACGGUUUUGAGGGUUUCAGUGCAUAAUUAACUGAAUGUCUUUCUGAGGAGGCUCUAGCAGUUUAUGCAGAACGUGACCACUUAAGAUGUUACCAGCGAGGCUGUACAGGCAGGAGAGCAGAGGGCAGGAAGAGGCAUAGGACCACGUUGCCUCAUGAAGCAGACCUAAGUGAGCAAGGGGAGUGCAGGUCAUGAGCACAGGACUAAGGAAUCUACCUCCAGAAGUGGGGAGGGUAUUUGCCCUGCUUGCAGGAUCUCUCUCCCCAAGAUCUGAUGGUUUCAACAGGUAGGUGAGGCUGCAAUUCCUGAACAGGUAGAGAUGCCAGCCAGGGAGAAGAGGAGGCAAAUCCAGAGAGUGGCUUCCCCUCAGUGUUGCUGAGGCCCAGUGGGGAUGUUGAACUGAGCUGCUGUUGCCUCCCAGGGAAGGAAUCCCUUGGGGAGUGUGGGGAAAGAUUGCUACUCCUGUAAGAUGAGACUGGGGUUCUGAAAAGAUCUGCUAAGCUCAGCUUCUGGUUACAGACCAGCUUGUGGCAUGCCUCAUUGACAGAGCGGUGCUGCCCCUCUGUGGCAGGCCUGAGCAUUACCAGGUCUGGGAUAGCUCCAGGGGGCUAACCCAGGAGCUGCAAACUUGAUGCCCACAGGUCAGUCAUAUGACAGGUGAACCCUAGGCUAGCCUGGCUGGGAACUGGAAAGCACGGGCCUGCCUAGAGGGGGCAGUAGUGAUUCAGCUUUCAAUUUGUGCUGCUUGCCCAGUGGCACCAGAUUUUCCAUUUUUUCCCCCAAAGAUGCUGGAAAUUCAAUGGGGUUUUAAUUUUUUUAUUUGUGGAAACUUGUCUUUUUAAAAUGUUGACAAUUUGUUUAAAAAAAUUAAGCAUGCUACCACACUUGUGAGGUUAAUUUGGCCCAGUGGCUGCCAGUUAGUGACCUUUCAAAAUGCUCUUUUCAGGCUGGGGAUGUAGCUAAGUGGUAGAGUGCUUGUGUAGUAUGUACACAAGCCCUGGGUUCCAUCCCCAGCAUUGGAACAACUAAAAGCUCUUCUCCUACUGAUGUCUCCUAAUGCAUUUUUUAGCUAUCUAACAACUUGUAGCAAAUAUCAGGUUCGAGAAUUGGUUUCCAUGAAACACUUUUGGUCUCCGGCAUAUGCGCAGUUUAAUACCUACCUAAGCAAAACAUUUGAGGAUGGAAAGGCACAGAAACAAUACCAAAAAGAUUUUCCCAGAGACAUUUUUAGAUUUUCUGAUAUUUUAGAACAACCCUGUCUCUGCUGGUGUGCCUCCUACCAGUGCCUCGCUGAGGAAGCCCUAUCUUUGGAAAUGCAAGUUGCUCCCUUCUUCAGGCUCACUUUGAUUGUGCCCCCUUUUAAAUAACUUCAUUUCCUAGGGCAUGUCUUGGCUGAAUUUCUGCCUCCAGCAAGUCUAUUAAUAUUCUCAGCUAUGUCUUUCCCACGGGCUGACUGAGAUUCUGCUGCCGUAGUGGCUGUAAGACAGUGCGUGCUCUCCUGCUUCUGUGCAGGUGACAUCAAGUAGCAAGGCUAAUGUGGAUGUGGGUAAAGACAGGUCAGGAUUGCUGGGGUGAACCAGGGCAUGGAGUAGUUUUCUUCCACACUUGCUGAUUCACCUUGAAAGCAUGUGAACCUCUCUGGCUGGUCCAACAGUCACAGUUCAUUGAAACACAUUAGCAAGUGGAUGUGCUUGGGGCUCUUUGCUUGUCCUCUCUCUGCUCCCCUGCGUCUUUUUCCGGCCCCGUGAUGGUGGCGGCUUUGGAGCAGGGUCAUCCUGUCUGAGCAUGGCAGGAAUCACUUCUCUGCCCUCAGCGGCUCAGUGUCUGGUGCUUUUCCACUCUAGACCUUUCCUGUGCCUGUUGCUGUGUUAGCAUAAGUCAGCUGGGAAGCUGCCAGGACAAGCCUUCCAGAGAGCCCUUGGACUCCUGUCAGCUUUCCAGGGCCCUGGCUGGUGGGACUGUUGGUCGAGUGAAGCAGUGUGGAUUGAGCCCCCUGGAGUCUGGGUUGAGAGCCAGUCAGCUGGGACAAAGAAGCCCUGCCCUACCUCGCUUGUCCUUGUCCACAUUGGCAUGGUCCUCUAUGUACUUGUGGGGUGCUGAGCCAGGGCAGCGUAGUAUAGUGAGAAUAAAGGGGGUUUUGGAGGUUGACAGACUGAGUUUUGAACAUCACUUCAAUAACUAACAAUGACCUUGGUCAAGUCACCAAGCCUUUCUGAACCUCAAUAUCUUCAUUUGUAAAAUGCGUAAGACUUUUUGGAGAGUAGUUUGAGGGAAAGGUAAUGUAUGUGAAUUUUUUAGCACGGCCAUGGCAACCAAUAGGUGCUCAAAGAGUGUUAGCUGCUUUAAUUUUUAUUGCAGGAAGUGCCUACAUUUCCUGCAGUAGUUGUGUGUACCAUUGUGAUCCUGGUGAGAGGGGAAUGGGAGGAGAGAGUGAUCUCAGCUAGUGACCUCAGGGACCCUCACAGGCCUGGUGGUUGAGGGCUUCUUAGCAAUAUUUUAUGGAAAGGACUGGCUUUCCUAAGAACCAAGCUGGCCAUGGGGAUUGCAGGCUUUAGACUUAGUUACUAAGUAGUACUCCACUGUGUGGUCUGCUAAGUCAAGAGGUGAGAGGUGGGAAGUAAGGUGUCCAGAGGUGUUCUGAUCCAAGAAGUCAUGGAUCAGGAGAAUGGGAAGAAGACAGAGCCUUGGACUUGAAGGCAAGAGAGCUGGGAGGCUUGGGGAUGCUGUCUUCUAUCCUGGCCUUUGGUUUCUCCACCUGCAAAAUGGGGUGCUAACCUGUGCCCUGCUGGUAGCACAGGAAGAGGAGGAGCAGUUUUGAGUACUUUGAAGACAUGCAAGGGCUGAAUGUGCUGACCCAGUAAAACCUCCCUUUUAUCUAAGUGGGAUGGCAGCCAGUCUGAACAAUAAAACAUAAAUACAUCCUCUUUCAUUCCUUUGCUGUACACAGUCUCUUUUAAAAGGUUUUGCUAAAUAGAAGUCUUUGGGGGAUUCAGCUUGAAGAGUAAAGAAUAAUUAGUAAUUGGUGUAUCUGUUUUCAUCCUCUUCCAGCGGUGCCUCUCAUGUACUUAAAAACAAUUUAUUCUUUUUUUAUUUCUAUUUUUGUGUUGGAGAUUGAAUCCAGGCUUCAUGCAUGCUAGGUAGGUAAGUGUUCUACCACCGAGCCACACCCCCUGCCCACUGUAUUCUUUAUGAAUUAAAUUUGUUAACAUUA